GAGAGAGGGAGGGGAAAAGAAGCAAGAGGGAAGGGAGAGCAGAGCAGCUUAGAGAGGGGAUCUGCAUUGUAAGUAGCUCUGAGAGCUGCAAGUGGUGGCUCUUCUUUCCAACCUGUUUUUGUUUUUUUUUUUCCCCCCCUUUUUUUUCUGAGGAGAACAAGAAGAAAGAGAAGAAGAAACCAGCGGACGAGCUCUCUUUCUAAAAACUCUGAGCUGUGAUUUAAAGCAGAGAGGGGAAAAAAAAAAAGCCCUGUGAGAGGAGAAAAGGAGAGAGAAGCCGGGAGGAACACAAGGCAGCAAUGGAUAGCGGAGUGGCUGGGUCUGACCCUGGGAUGGCCUGGAUUCACACACUGCUGCUGGCCACCGUCCAGCACACACACUAGGCUGCAAACGCCACAGAGCUCCCAUGUGCCCCCUCAGCCAUGCUCCCUGGGUAUGGAUUCUCGCCUUUUCCUGAUUUCCAGCCGCACCUUCACGCUUUUCGCUGCCGAGGAGAAAGUCCCAGCAUGUGGAUCCAGGGCUCCGGAGAGUCUCCGGGCCUGAGCGAGGUCCAGGAGGACCGGGCCCUCCUCCACCCGUGCCACCACAAGCACGUUGCCGUGUGCCAGCAGGAAACUUUAGCUUUCAUUGAGCUACAACCGCCAGUGACGCCCAAACUAAACGGUUUUGGCUCUGCGAGGCCGGCCGGUGUCCCGGACGCACAAUGCACCACACACUCCCUGCCUCUGAACGGCAUCAGAUGCAGGCUAAAUGAACUGAACGACCUGCAGAACGGCUGCAGCAGGACAGAGGGCGAACAUGAAGCACAUCUGAACUCCCGUGCACGCAGUGCUGGUGACUGCGAGCUCGAGUUGCAGGAUGGGAUCAGGACUUCCUUGCAGGAGACGGAGGAGAAGCCGCGGACGGUCACGACCGUGUGCCGCCCUCUCCACGCAGCUCUCAGCCUCCCUCUGUCUCUGCCUCUGUCCUCGCUGUACACGAACAGAGACUCCUGGGAGUCUCAGUUACCUCCCUCUCCUGAAUGUCCCGGGUUCCAGGGCCCAGACUCCUGCCAGCCCCAGAGGAGAACGUCUCAAGGUUCUCUGAAAGAGAAGUCCAUCCGAAGAAAAAUGCAGGUUUACUCCCCAGACAGCCCGAGUGAUGAAUCGCUCAGCAGCCCCAUCCUGGAUGCAGACUACAUCUUCCCUGGACCUUUUGCGUCCUUCUUGGAGGAGGACCUCAGUGGACUAUCCUCCUUAGAAGCCAUUUCAAGUAGUUCAUCCACAGACGAUGCGACCCCUCUCCCAAAUCUCAGCCAGGAGGACAUUUUUGACUUACCUACAGAGCCUCUGCAAAUAAUAGAAGACUCAAUACCAGGAGCGGAGGAGGAAGGUGGGAGCAUGGACUCCUGCCUCGCCUCUGGAGGGGUCUUCUUGCCUCGCGCUCGUCAGGGCGACCAGGAGCGACGGCGCUUCUCGGCCUCGGAGCUGAUAUCCAGACUGCAGUUGUCUCAGAGGAAGAGCUCCUUCACGCUGAAGCUGGGGAAGUCGCUGUCGGCUCGCGUCGCCUCCAGAGACAGACAGAGCUCCGGCAGCUUCAGCCCCAGCCCCGACUGUAAGUCCAACCCGAGGCACCGCAGCUCAGGAGGCUGUGGAGACGGCGGCCCUCAGAGUCCAGUAGCAGCAGCUCCUCCACCGUCCAGCAGCGACAAUGGGAUGCCUCUGCAUCGGUGGAGCACUAAGCUGGGGAUGCGAAAGAAAUCCCUGGAGGAGGAGCUGUCUGCACCUCCAUCUGUUCCCACAUCAAACCGACUGUCCCGGUUUUUGCCCAGUUCCAUUCUGUACCAGGAAUACAGCGACGUCGCCAUCAACAGAGAGAUCCAGAGGCAGCAAGGGAAGGAGCCGGGCACCGAGGAGGAGGGGCUCCGGGACGAGGGCUCCGACGGGACGCCGUCUCCGUCCAAUCUCUCUCCGUCCAGCUCCUUUCGCUCCUCACGGGGCUCGGCUUUCGCGCUGUGGCAGGACAUACCCGACGUCCGGACCAGCGGCCAGCUGGACAACUUCAGCAACGAGGAGAGGAAACUGCAGGAAGCGAAGUUUGAGCUGGUGACGUCCGAGGCGUCGUACAUCCGCAGCCUGACGAUCGCGGUGGACCACUUCAUGCUGUCUCAGGAGCUGGCGGAGUGUCUGGGCGCUCAGCACAAGCAGUGGCUCUUCUCCAAGCUGCCUGAAGUGAAAGACGUCAGCGAGCGGUUUCUUCAGGAUCUGGAGCGCCGGCUGGAGGAAGACAUUCUCCGAUUUGAUGUGUGCGACAUCGUCCUGGAUCACUGCCCGGCUCUGCGAAGGGUUUAUUUACCUUAUGUGACCAACCAGGCGUACCAGGAGCAGACGUACCAGCGUCUGCUGCACGAAAACCCUCGCUUCCCCGGGAUCCUGGCCCGAUUGGAGGAGGACCCCAUCUGCCAAAGACUUCCUCUGACCUCUUUUCUAAUCCUCCCGUUCCAGAGGAUCACUCGGCUUAAAAUGCUGGUGGAGAAUAUCCUAAGAACAGCGCCAGGCUCCCGAGAUGAGGACACUGCCACAAAAGCUUUCAAUGAGCUGAAAAAGAUCAUCAAAGAAUGUAACUCCAGUGUGCAGUCGAUGAAGAGGAUGGAGGAGCUCAUCCACCUCAACAAGAAAAUCCACUUUGAGGGCAAGAUCUUUCCUCUGAUCUCUCAGUCCCGCUGGCUGGUCAAACACGGCGAGCUCCUGGAGGUCGACACCCAGAUGAUGAGUAUUUCAGGGUCAAAGCUCAAGCUGCCCACCAAGCCUGUGUACCUCCACUUAUUCAAUGACUGUCUGCUGCUGUCCAAGAGGAAAGAUACAUGGAAGUUCAUGGUGUUUGUACAUGCCAAAAUAGGAGAGUUGAAAGUGAAGGAUCUCAGCCAGAAGCUUCAGGGUAUCUCGGGCUUCAUCUUCCACCUGCAGCUGUGUGAAGGCCAACAGCUCAAACACCAGAUCCUGCUGAAAUCCAACACCGAGAGUGGGAAGCAGAGAUGGAUCACUGCCAUGUUUCCGUCCAAUCCACUGGAAGACAUCGAGCAAGCCAGUGAAAACGAGGAUAUAUCCCAGGUUCAGUGCAUCAAGAGCUACCAGGCCCAGGAGCACGACGAGUUAACUCUGGAGAAAGCCGACAUUCUUCACGCUAAGACCAUUACCAGCGACGGCUGGGUGGAAGGCAUCCGGCUGUCCGACGGGGAGCGGGGCUGGUUCCCCAAAACCUACGUGGAGGAAAUCACAAGCCGCAGCGCGCGCCUCCGCAACCUCCGAGAAAAUAUCCGCAUCAAAUGUGUCACGCAGAAGCUGAAAGGAUAGGAACUGAUCAAUUAUCCUCCAACAAAGCCUGCAUUUGUGUUUUUUAAGCUUCUGGAUCAUUAUUAAGCUUGUAGACGGAUGUGGGGACUUUGUAUAGCGUGCAGGUGCUUAAACAGGCCAGCAUUUGUUUUCUUUUGUUGUUUUUUUUUUUUUUUGCAUGGUUACCAAACUGUGUAAAAGCUCGUCUCCUUCUCAGUGUCCAGUUCAAAAAGACUUUUAUACAAUAAGAGUCUGUUAAGAAAAGUUCACUCGAGGAUAUUUUAACAGUUUGAUAACACUGGACUCCUCUUAACUGUGUAGGAUGAAUCACUUCAUGCAUGCUUUCUUCGGAUGAAUCUCUGAACUUUCUUAACCAUGUUGGUGGUUACUGUGGAGAAUACACAUGCACUGUCAUCCCCCACAGGUUGUGAAUGUAAGCAUCUGACCAUCAUCGUUUAAAUAUAGAGGAGAACAUUAGAGCCAGAUCAGCUUUCAAUCCCUCACACCAUUUUUCAUUUAGCAUUUCCCAUGAAAUAACAAACCUUCUGCUAAGAUCUGGGAGAGGAAAAAAAAAAAAAAAAAGAAACAAAGCAGUAAGUUUGUCUUUCAAACAAAACAUUGCACCAAUUAGGUGUAGCAUAUUUU